AUGACCUUCCCAGGAACACUGCCUGAAGAUAGCGGUGACGUUGACGAUGACUCAGAGAAGCCUUCGCCCUCAAUAGCUUCAUAUUAUACAACAGUAAAAGAGGGAGAAUCGGCUAGUUUACUUUGUGCCUUCCAAGGGGUCCCUUAUCCCACCUACAGUUUACUUUGUGCCUUCCAAGGGGUCCCUUAUCCCACCUACAGGUGGUACUUUUCUAAUAAAACAGAGAUCUCUGAUGUCAACACCACUUUCUCUUACCAGUACGAAAAACAGGUGCUGCAGAUGAACAGUGUAACCCGGGACCUAGCCGGCUUGUUUCUGUGUCAGGGAACUAACGUAGCAGGAUCUAGUGUCAUCAACAUAACCCUCUUUGUGGACUACUCAGAGGAGCUAGGAUUUGCUGAAGAUUUAGUGGAGGAGAUGGUUUUUACACAGGGCAAGGGAAAAACAACAGAGAUAAUUUGCAAGGGGGAGGGUACUCCUCCGCUUGAUAUCAGAUGGUACGGAGAGGAUAACACCCUCUUGAGCUCGGACCCCAUCCUACAAAUAGACCUGAGUGAGUUACAGAACAUGUCAACUACGUGUGUAGUAGAGAACAAGAACGGGACUGUCAGGCAGAGCACCAGGGUUACGGUAGUUGCUGACGAAGACACCACGGAUCCUACAAAAGGAGUGGUAGCUACGGUGGAGUGUUACGGAGAUAGGAUGGUACUGUCUCUGACUGAGAGGAGGAACGUUGCUAUAUUCCACUUGUUUGAUAGUGAGUGCGAGUUUCUGGGGGAGUCCCAAGAAAUCGUAACACCUUUAGAAAGGUGUGGAACAAAAGCUUACUACAACGACUCUCACAUUAUUUAUAAAAACCAGGUAACAGGGGUGGCUAACGGUGGGGUUGAAAGUGGUAGUCUGAUUAGCAGAGGAGAUAACUUUCACAUUACCUUCGAGUGUGCUUAUAAGAGGACAGGGAACACGGACAACGUAGCUUGGGAAGCAAGGGGUCAGAUCACUGUAGACAUUAAAGGAGCUGGCUCCUUCACAUUCGUUCUGGAUCUGUACGAGAGUUCUAACUUUACUAUGAAGAGGGACAGUAGUCAGUAUCCUGUAAGAUUGUCAGUUCAAGAUGACAUAUAUUUAGAGGUAGCAUUGAUAUCUCCGGACGAAAAUCUUUCUCUGCAGAUAGCAGAUAUUAGAGCUAGUGAUAGCCCGAGUGGCAGUGGAGGUUCCUUCGCCUACAGCCUUGUAGAAAAUGGGUGUAUAGUAGAUUCUACCUUCAAGUAUAUCGAAACAAAUAACCUAAAGAAGAGACGAUUCACGUUGAAAGCCUUCCAUUUUAUGAGUAGUCAGUCAGUAGUGUAUCUUCACGCCUUCGUCAAAAUAUGCAACAAAUCUAGCAACAGCUGUUCUGAUAUCUGUAUAACAGACAGAAUACAGAGAAGGUCACUGGAUGAAGCUGCAGAAGAGGGAGUUAAAGAGUACCACAUAUUUCAAGGACCCUUUGUUACUUUUGAUUCGUCACGAUUGACAGUUGUGUCAGGUGCCGGCAGAUUAGUUCUAAGCUUGCCAUUCCUAUUUCUACUUAUCCUAACAUCAUAGUCAAUAGUAAUCCAAUGGAUUUAUCUAAUGCCUGCUGGGGUUGAAGCACUGAAUUACAAAAAGUUAUUCCCGACGAGUUGGAGCUAUAGCUGAAGGUAACUAUGGUAACUAGUAGUGUAACUGAAGGGCGAAGUAAUUUUAAUCUAUGCGGAGCGAACGAACGAUUUCAGACACUUGUUGGUAUGGGAGAAA